AUGACGAGCUCCGAACAAUACCACGACGACUCCGGCCAAGGCGGCACCACGUGCACGCAGUCACAGACACAAACUGAGCUCGUGGCGGUGGCCACGGCGGUCGCUGCGGCCGGCUGCAGGCUCAUGGAGCGCCGGGGCAAGCUCCGCCCGAGGAAGAGCGUCUCCGAGAUGACGGUGCCGUGCGAGUCGCGCACCGAGCUCAAGUCCCUCCAGACCACCCAAGCCGGCGUGGAGGUGUCGCGGGUGCAGGGCUCCCUGAUGUUCACGGUGGGCCACUACCGGGUGUGCCACCUCAUCGGCAGCGGCGGUGGCGGCCGCGUGUACGCGGGGCUCGACCCGGUCACGGGCCAGCAGGUGGCGCUCAAGAUCUGCUCGAAGCAGCUCACCGAUCGUCAGAUGGAGAGGCUGCGCACCGAGUACAACGUCAUGAGCAACCUCGCGCACCGACACAUCAUCAAGCUCCACGGCGUGUUCGAGAACGACUCCCGGCUGUGCCUCGUCAUGGACUACGCCGAGGGCGGCGACCUCUUCGAGCACAUCAAGGCCCACAAGCAGCUGCCGCGACCAGAAGCGCGCCGCCUCUUCCGACAGCUGGUGAGCGCGCUGAGCUACAUGCACUCCCAGGGCUACAUGCACCGCGACCUCAAGCCUGAGAACUGCCUCCUGGACAAGGACCGCAACCUCCUGCUCGCCGACUUUGGCUUCUCCAACUUCUGGUCUUCCUACAAACUGGAAACCGAGGGUGUGGGAUCGCUGAACUAUGCUUCGCCUGAGAUCAUCACAUCAUCGGCCACAUAUGUAGGACCCGAGGUUGAUUUGUGGUCGCUGGGCGCUGUGCUCUACACGAUGGUGACCGGCAAGCUGCCCUUCUACGCCGCCGACCCCACCAGCACCCACCGCAAGAUCCGCCGGGGCGCCUGGCGGGUCGAUGCGCAGAUCAAGGGCGAUCCCGACGUGUUCGACCUGCUCUGCCGGCUGCUGGAGCCCAACCCGCUCAGGCGCGCCACCAUCUGGGACGUGAUCAACCACCCCUACUACAAGGGCAGCGGCAUGAUCAGCGCCGAGGGCGGCUGCGGCUCGUCUUCCACCACCACGCGCACGUCGCCGCCGGUGUCGCCGACGGGAUCGGACACGCUCAGCUUCCUCCCUGAUUCAUCUUCAUCCAGCGCAGCUACUGCGACAACUUCAUCUUCGUCCUCCUGCUUCUCCUCGUUUUCCUUCUGCACCUCUCUGUCUUCGUGCACGUGCUCGACGUGCGCUACCGCCUCCUGCACGACAUCGACAUCGACAUCGACAACCACCACGACGACGCCGCUACGCACGAGCACGCCGGCAAAGGAAAAGAAGAAGCGAACAAAGCACUUGCUCACACCAAUUGCAGAGUAA